AUGGAGACACGCAAUUUUGAAAAUUCUCCCCGGGCGGGUACCAGCAAUGCUGGAGAAUCCCGCACUCCCGGUUCGCCGGGAGUCUGCCGCACGUAUACGGGGGCGGCGCAAAAUGCGUUUGAGGAUAAGGGGGCCGUUGCAACGGCGAAAGAAGGAGUGAGUGCGACAACGCGCGAGUUUCCGAAGCCGGCGCACCUAACCGCGCCGGCCGCGGACGCAAUCACGGAUGAGGACGUAGACUUCUCCGUCUACCAGCCUAACGGCGUAGAGCGGGUGAAGAAACUGGCUCAGAGAAAGAAGGAGCGGGGUUGUCCAAUCCGGGACUUACCCAACCUGCCGCCUGUGCUGCAGUACCGGGAUGUUCUCGGGACGCAGCCCCGUGCUCCUACUCCUACCGGACGUGACGAAGAGGUCGGUAGAGAGUUAACGCGCUCACCUCGCGUCGUUCUGCGCGACGUGAUGCGCGAACUCUCGAUACCACCUCCACAAGGACGAGACCAUUCCACCGGACGUGACAGUGAGGACUGGCCCGCGGACUCCGACGAUACUGCCUCGGACAUGUCGAUGGACUCCGAGGGCCUGCCCACAACACCGGACAGGACACGCCUGAAAAGGCGCAAUUCUGAUGACGACACGGACCCGCCCAUCAGUAAGGGGGCGGUGCCCAAAGCGAAGAAGGGACGUGGCCGGCCACCAACAACUGGCCAAUACGUCGGCCUGGGUAAGGCCCAAGCGGACCUUAAACGGGAAAAGGAGGAGGAACGCCGGGCUAUGUUCAGGGCGAAGGUCGAGGAGGUAGCCCAGAGAGCACGGGAGGAGCGAGAGGCGAGGGAGUCGCGAGCCGCCCUUCGCGCAAGCCCUGCCCCGGCCGAGGACACGGAGGAGACAAGCGCGGCCCUUGAGGCAGGCGUGGAGAGGGCCUUGGAUAUGGUGACAAUGGUCGCCACAAGGUCCUCAAAUCUGAAAGGGACGUACCAGCGGGCCCUCAAGGAGGCGGUCGCGUCCAUCAAAGCGGCUGUCACCGAGAUGAGAGGCCGCGGUCAAACCGAAGAAAUGCGGGCACUGGAGGCGCAGAACGAUCGCCUCCUCCGUCAAGUGAACGCGAUGCGCCGGGAGUUGGAAGAGCUCCGCCGUCGCGUCUCUGGGCCCGCAGCUGACGACCUGCAGAAGAUGUUGUCGGAGGUCUCGCGCUCCAAUAUCGAGACCUUCGGCAACAUGCUCAAUGCGAGAAUCGCCGGCCUCGAAGACAGACUCCUCCCGGAGCCAAGGAGAAGACCGCCGCUAGCUGCGGACAGCGCCAGACCAUCUCCCGGCGCUGCGCAAACAGCGGCCCCUAAGAAGACGCCGAAGGCCAAAAAGACGGCACCGGCAAUGGCACCGGAUGAAAGUUCGGCAGGCGGCGCGGUGGCUACUAUACAGCCGCCCGCCGCACCAACUGAGAAGAGGGCUACAAAGCCGAAGAAAAAGAGAAAGAAGAAGCAGCCAUCAAUGGCCGCUCAGGAGGCAGCUAAGGGGGGGCGGAACACCAACACCCCUCCCGCCGAGGCCCCGUGGACCACUGUCGGCCCACGUAGGACUAAGAAGAAGAAAGGGGCGGCUACUCCAGCUAAAGCCGCCCCCAAGAAGAAGAAGAAGGCCAAGCUCCGUGCCCCCAACACCGCGGCAAUCACCGUCACACUGAAGGAGGGUGCCGCGGCGAAGGGAAUCACGUAUAGCGACGUCCUAACCAAGGCUAAAGACGCGUUCAAAACGGGCGGACUCGCGGAGAUGGGAAUCGAGAAGGUCGAGUUCCGCUUCCGUCAGGCACAGACCGGCGCGCGCGUUCUCACCAUCCCUGGCGAGGGCGCACAAGAGAAGGCGGAUGUACUGGCCGCAAAAAUGCGGGAGGUGUUGGAUCCGGAGGUGGUCAAGAUCGGCCGCCCGGCGAAAUGCGUAGAGAUGCGCAUCGCCGGGCUGGACGACUCGGCAACGACCGCCGACGUCAUCGAGGCGGUCGUCAGAGAAGGGGGAUGCCCGACAACUUCAAUUAGGUCGGGCCCCAUUACGAAAGGAAGGUGGGGCGACGGCUCGCUUUGGCUGAGCGUCCCCGUCGCGGCAGCCAAAAAGCUGCUCAGCUUGGGGCGGCUGCGAGUGGGCUGGGUCUCGGCGAAGCCGGAGCACAAAGCAGCCGAGUGCCGGGAGAAGCAGCCCAAUUGCUUCUUCUGCGAGGCACUCGGCAAGGACAAGGACCAUGUGCUAGGUAGUAGCGGCUGCGUCACUGCGAAGCCGCUCCCCAGUACCAAGCGCCGGAAGAGACGCGGAGCUCCCUCCGAAAAGGCUCGGCCAAAAGAGCCUGGAGCCGGUGGUGCUGGGGUUAGUCAGCCCCAGCCCGCCAUGGAGGUGGAGCCAUAG